UGAAUUCUCUUCGUAGAGGGGCCAGGUCAUCAUCUGCUGAUUAGAUGACAAUAUAAGUUAGCUUCUUCCAGAAUCAAUUCAUUUUGUAAUCCAAACAUGCCCUUAAUGUCUUACUUUAUCCCGACCCCAAGUUCAGGUACUGAAGAAGCGAUGAGCAACACUUUGGAACCACGAUGGGUUUCAUUGUUGAGCAAGUGCAGCAGCCUCAAACCCACGAAGCAAAUCCACACCCACCUCUACGUAACCGGCCUUCACACCCACCCCUUGUUCUUCGGGAAGCUUCUUCUCCACUGCGCCGUCACCAUCUCCGAUGCUCUCCACUACGCUCUCCGUCUCUUCCAACACUUCCCCAACCCCGACACCUUCAUGUACAACACUCUCAUUCGUGCACUCGCUCUCUCUUCAACCCCUCUCUCCUCCCUUCAGCCCUUCAUUCAAAUGCGUCGCCACCCUACCGUCUUCCCUGACAGCUUCUCUUUCGCCUUCGCUCUUAAAGGUGUUGCCAAUGGCGGCAGUUUGAAACCCGGCACUCAGCUGCAUUGUCAGGCCUUUCGGCAUGGCUUUGAUACCCAUGUCUUCGUUGGGACAACCUUGAUCAGCAUGUACGGUGAAUGUGGGGAUUCUGAGUCUGCUCGACGGGUGUUUGAUGAAAUGCCUGAACCGAAUGUUGUCACGUGGAACGCUGCUGUGACUGCGUGUUUUAGGUGUGGGGAUGUGGCGGGCGCGCGGGGCGUGUUUGGACGGAUGCCCGUUAGGAAUUUGACAUCGUGGAAUGUGAUGCUUGCUGGUUACACUAAAGCAGGUGAGCUUGGGUUGGCAAGGAGAGUUUUUUCUGAAAUGCCUUUGAAAGAUGAUGUUUCUUGGAGCACUAUGAUUGUUGGGCUUGCUCACAAUGGUUCUUUUGACCAAGCUUUUGGGUUUUUCAGGGAGUUGCUGCGCGAGGGAAUCAGGCCGAAUGAGGUAAGCCUCACUGGGGUGUUGUCUGCUUGUGCACAAGCUGGGGCAUCUGAGUUUGGGAAGAUUUUACAUGGGUUUAUGGAGAAAUCUGGGUUUCUUUAUAUUUCUUCUGUGAAUAAUGCUCUCAUAGAUACCUACUCCAAGUGUGGGAAUGUAGCUAUGGCACAGUUGGUCUUCCGAAAUAUGUCGGUGGGAAGGAGCAUUGUGUCUUGGACAUCGAUCAUAGCAGGCCUUGCGAUGCAUGGUCACGGAGAAGAGGCACUUCAACUUUUUCAUGAGAUGGAAGAAUCAGGAGUUCGGCCGGAUGGUAUUACUUUCAUAUCUCUCCUAUAUGCUUGUAGCCAUAGUGGCUUAGUUGAGCAAGGGUGUGAGAUUUUUUCUAAAAUGAAGAAUUUGUAUGGUAUUGAACCUACCAUUGAGCAUUAUGGCUGUAUGGUUGAUCUGUAUGGUCGAGCUGCUAGGUUGCAUAAGGCCUAUGAAUUUAUAUGUCAAAUGCCAAUUUCACCGAAUGCAGUCAUUUGGAGGACUCUGCUUGGGGCUUGUAGCAUUCAUGGUAAUAUUGAAUUAGCAGAGCUUGUGAAAGCAAGGCUUGCUGAAAUGGAUCCAAACAAUUCUGGUGACCAUGUACUACUCUCGAAUGUUUAUGCUGUUGCAGGGAAAUGGAAGGAUGUUGUCAGCAUAAGAAGAACAAUGACUGAACAGAGCAUGGUAAAAACUCCUGGUUGGAGCAUGAUUGAAAUUAACAAGGUCAUGUAUGGUUUUGUGGCGGGUGAAAAGCCUAACGAGGUUACAGAAGAGGCUCAUGAUAAACUGAGGGAAAUAAUGUUGAGACUCAGGGCAGAAGCAGGUUAUGCCCCGCAGGUAAGGGGCGUCUUGCAUGAUAUUGAAGAGGAAGAAAAAGAAGAUUCAGUGUCUAAGCACAGUGAGAAGCUUGCUGCAGCUUUUGGAAUAGCGAAACUUCCUAAGGGAAAACAAUUAAGAAUAGUGAAGAACCUGAGGGUGUGUGGGGACUGCCAUACUGUGAUGAAGCUAAUUUCUAAAUUUUAUCAAGUAGAAAUCAUUGUGAGAGAUAGAAGCCGCUUCCACUUGUUCAAAGAUGGAUUGUGUUCUUGCAGAGAUUACUGGUGACAGGGGUGAUUGAUGAAUUAGUUUAUCCUGACUACCCUUGUUUGUAAAGAAAUUAAACAAGUUGAUUAUGGCUUGAUCUUCACUGAAUUGGCUGAGCUAGAUAGCUCAAUGCUGACGAUAUCAUUGUUCUGACAUAUAUGAUGAGUGAUGGUAUGAGCAAGUAGUUAGUAAAAAAGCAUUUAUUUGCUUUGUCUAGUGGUCUUAACUCUUAACCACUAUUCCUCCAAAGUACAAGACUCUUAUUGCCUGACCUAAAAUAAACAAAAGUGAAAAGGAUGAGUCAAAGCCAAAAAGCUAAAGAGGAGCAAAACUUAUUGAGGUAUUCAAAAUGAAACAAUUAAAGUCUCAACAAACAGAAUUGCCAGCUGAAGAUACAUCCAGUGCAACCAAAUCAACUGCAAUGGAUACUGUAAGUAUCAACUCAAGCAACCCCCCUUGCAUCAAUGCCUCUGCAUGUGCUUCCACCCAAGGCCAACUGGCCAAGUGACUGCAUCAACCACUACAGUCUACAGAAUUGCACCUAAUAGAGACUAGCAAUUUAAUUCCAUGGAAAUGUGGAGCAUUGAAGCGAAAAUUUGGGAUAAUAGAAGCUUUCAUGGAGAGAGGGAACCCUUGUGUUACAAGGUCACUUUAAAUAUGCAGCGGAGAAUAGGAGAGUAUGCAGCUAGUCAAUGCCCAAAACCACAUUGAAGUUUGCGGAAACCAAGGCCAAUAGGUCUCAAUGAUCUUUUGAUUUUUAUUUUCAUAUGUUUGAGAACGAACAUUUUGUGAAUCUUUUUCAGAGGUUUUUUGUUGUUGUUAUCAACAUUAAAGACUGAAUGUGGUUGCCAAACAUUUGGCUUAGAACUCCAGUUAUUGACUAAGUUUGGUGGAUUUUAA